UAAUUUAAAUUACAAGUGAGGAAUAUAUCCCUAAAAUUUAAAUAUAAAAGUAAAUUGAAGUUAGUUUAUUUGGUUAGCUUGUUUUCUCCAAGAGGAUCAGUUAGGGUACAGGGGUGACCCGGAGCACAGAGAGGUUCAGUAACAACUUCUAACAACAGUACAGUACUGAAGUGUCUACCAUGGCUCAGGAACCAGCUGGCCUGACUAAGGAGGAGGCUCUUGCCUGCUGUGCUGAACCUGAUGAAGCAACAAAAGACUUCAUCUUCCAGCAGACAAUGUUCCGCAUCAAAGAUCCAAAAGCCUCUUUGGACUUUUACACUCGAGUAUUGGGCAUGCGCCUACUACAAAAGCUGAACUUUCCAUCCAUGAAAUUUUCUUUGUACUUCAUGGGCUUUGAGUCAGCUAAGGAUAUUCCACAGGAAGAAGAUGAGAGGACAACUUGGUGCCUUUCACAGAAGGCCACUUUGGAGCUGACACACAAUUGGGGUACAGAAUCUGAUCCCAAUUUCUCUGGAUAUCACAAUGGAAAUUCAGAACCUAAAGGCUUUGGACAUAUUGGAAUCAUGGUUCCAGAUGUGGAAAAAGCUUGUGCAAGAUUUGAGUCUCUUGGAACAAAAUUUAUCAAGAAACCAACUGAUGGUACAAUGAAAAAUAUUGCAUUUAUUCAAGAUCCUGAUGGUUAUUGGAUUGAAAUUUUGAAUCCUAGCUGUGUGGUGCAGGCAGUGAAACAGGUGGCAUAGGUACAUUACAUCUUGUUGACAGUCUUUUAAGGAAUAUAAUGACUUGCCACCUGUCUCGGUCUUGGAAAUUAUUUACCCUGUAAGACAAGAGGAAAAAGAUGUGAAGAAGUAUGUAUGGGUAUUUCUCCAUGUUAUAGCAUUAUUUAUUUGACGCUUUCAGUGUUUGUCUUAUACUGCACUGUACCACCACUCUCCCCUUGAAGAUUGAUCCUCCUACACAAAGUGGGAGAGGAGUAAAGAUAACACACAGUGGGUGUAGGAAAGGUAUUGUGAUAACUUUAAUGCACUAGCUAUUGAAAGCUAAGAAUCAGGGAUCAACACCAGUCCAGUCACUUCUGCAUCAUAACAAGAAAAGGCUUGUAUGCUGGGAGGGGGGUGGGAACAAAAGAGAGAAGACUUGACAUUAAAUUACUGAGAUACAUUUAUUUAAGCAUCUCUAUACCUCCAAAUACUGAAUUAGGUUCUUAUUCCCAGAGAUUACUUGUGCUUACAUGUUCAGUACUGCAUUUAUAUCUAGGUAUAUUAAUACCAUUAAAUUGCGCUCCAAACCAGUUACCGGUCUUAUCUGUCUUAGGAUGUGUUAUCAGGUGAAAGUUCACUUUUUUUUAAUUACUGUAGUUCAGUUUAACAUUACACCAAGAAAUUAUAUACAGUACAGUAUGGCUGUGGUAAAAGUUAGAGAAAAUACAACCAAUGAAAAAUCUCGGUACAGCAUCAGUAAGCCCUUGCAGCCUCUAAUUGUACAGUACAACAACAAACUUUUAUAUACCUUGGUUGUGAGUAUCAGUGUCUUCCUCAUCAGCAUAUUUUCUGAUGAUUUUCAAAUAGAUAUACCAUAUUAGGUAUGCAACUUUUACCUGUGGCACUUGUAUAAUUCACCUUUUACCUGUGGCACUUGUAUAAUUCACCUUUUACCUGUGGCACUUUUAUAAUUCACCUUUUACCUGUGGCACCUGUAUAAUUCACCUUUUACCUGUGGCACUUGUAUAAUUCACCUUUUACCUGUGGCACCUGUAUAAUUCACCUUUUACUUGUGACACUUGUAUUAUUCCAAUGUACAGUAUGUUGUGUUAUUUCACUUUCCGUGGCACCUUUUCUAUCAUCACUCAAUUAGAGCUUCAUGUUUUCAGUGAUCAUUGUGUUACUUCUCUGUGGGUCUUUUUGGAGUAAUUAUUUAAGUACAACAUUCAAAAGAAGCUUCUUUAAAACAACCAUUUACUCCAUUUUGUGUUAUUUAUUUACAUAUUCUGAUCUUGACAAAACUUUCCAAAGGUGACACAGUACUGUGGUGUUGGGUUGUGUUAUGGAAGUUCUCUGUGUUAAUGGUUUAAAAAUAUCUUGUUUAAAUAUUUUUAAAAAUUAAAUUCCAUUGAGUUUGUCAACAUGAUUAUGUGCUUGUAUACCAACAAUAAAUUUAAUGAGUA